AUGGACCUUUUCCGGUUACGAUUAAACUGUAUCGACUUUUAUCAAGCAACGCCAUCGAAAUUCGACCCUCUGCUACGUAGCAAUAUCAAGCCGUCGCAAGUACAAAAGGAGCCCAAAAUCCCGGUGAUAAGAGUCUUUGGGGCAACGGAAACUGGUCAGAAAGUAUGCGCUCAUAUUCAUGGUGCAUUCCCAUACCUGUACAUCGAAUAUACGGGUAAUCUGGUUCCAGAUGAUGUUGGAGCUUAUAUUCAUCGUCUUCACCUAUCGAUCGAUUACGCGCUCGCCGUUAGCUACAGACGAAAUGUAUGUGACGGCAAAGCCAAAUAUGUUGCGCGGAUCACUCUGGUUAAAGGGAUCCCUUUCUAUGGCUUUCAUGUCGGAUACAGAUAUUACCUGAAAAUAUACAUGCUGAACCCAAUGCACAUGACGAGGCUCGCAGAUCUUCUACGCCAAGGUGUUGUGAUGAAGAGGAUCUUUCAACCGUACGAGGCCCAUCUUCAGUAUCUCCUCCAAUGGAUGGCCGACUAUAACCUGUAUGGAUGCGGAUAUAUCGAUUGUAGCAAGGUAAAUUUUCGAAGCCCAUUGCCCGACUAUGACGAAUUGACAAACCCGGCCAAUCUUUGGCAUGACCGCUCAGUGCCAACUGACGCCGUGACGCCAGAUUUUGAGCUUCCCAGGGUCAGCCAUUGCUCAAUAGAGGUAGACAUAUGCUGUCAGGAUAUUGUAAAUCGGCACGAUGUUAAACCACGACAUCUUCAUGAAGACUUCAUAGAAAGACUGAACCCACUGGCCCCAGAUGAAAAGCUAGUACACAGCAUGGCCGGGCUUUGGAGAGACGAAACCCGGCGAAGAAAAUCUAAGAUGUCGAAUCCUGCGCCAGGAAGCGGCCCAUUUCCAGCGGACGUCAUGGUCUCAAUGUCUGCCGACCCCCGAUACUCUCAAGCCGGAGGCUGGAUUCAUGAAGAGGAAUAUCGAGAGAUGAUCUCAAAUUUGAUCAAAGACGAGAAAGAUAAGAGCGACGGGUUGAAGAUAUCUUUCAAUACAUUCGUCAAACCUACGCCUUUCAGCUCCUCGGUCAAAACCAGCCUCGAAUCCGUAGAAGACUUGUAUCCAGAGAAUCUACGGCCUGUACUUGGACUUACUCAAAGCGGCGAUACAAUGAAUGUAAAUUAUGAUAUUGACGACAAUGAUGAAAGGGAAGUUGACGAGCGACGAAUUCUUGCUUUCAACGCAAAUGAUGAUGAGGAUUUUCCUUAUGACUCUGAUGAAGACAUAAUGAGGGAGAUUGAAUUAUCCCAAAGAAAGAAGGGUGAUCAGGUGGAGGAAAAGCACCUUGAAUCUGAUGAAAUGCAAAGACCCGAUCAUGAAAUAGACGACGAAUCAAGACCCGGUGGUGAAGAUUUUGCUGAGCAAUUUGUGGAUCACCAAGAUCCCGACAGCUUUGAAGGAGUUGGAGAGUCUGCUGAUGUUGGAGUAUUGGACGAAUUGCAGUCUUCCUCCAACAACACAUCGAACCUCAAAGGCUCAAAAAGGACUUCGCCCCCUUUUCAUGACCAGUCUGCAUCGAAGCGCGUGAAACUAUCGCCACAUAUAUCUGAUGAGCCAUCUCAUGGCAUUCAAGAAAUAGAACGACUUGAUGCCCCAAGCAAUGACGAAGAAGAUGGGGAGGAUAUUUCCGUAUUGCUUCAGAAAUUGAAAGGUGGACGCUCGAAGAACAGAAUUUCGAAACGUCAGCUACCUACUGUCAAUGGUGUGGCUACAAAAGGGGCAUCACUCAGCUUUCGCUUGUCUCAAGAAACGCCAAAAUCGAGCCAGCAGGCUCACGUUUUAGCGCUUACUUAUCCAGUCGUCAAAGCUCCUCACGAUCCAAAUAUGACGCAGAGACUGAGCCAAAAGGGUCUGUCCUCCCCUAGCUUAACUAGAAGACAACAGAAGCACGUAUCUUUUGAUCCUCUACUGUCAUCGCCACAGACUACUGACAGUCAAUCUAAACAGUCGGCAUCGACUCUACCUACAGGUCUCACAGAUGACUCGACGCAGCUUGUAAGUUCGCGUCAGCUUCGUGCUUGCUUUAUGGGAUCUGGGUCUAAGAGAAUUUUCUGUGUCCCUGAACUUCCACCCGCCCGAGAUUUGGUAGUGUCUACCAUGCAUCAUUUUGGUCUACCUUCUAUGAUCUAUCAGGACGCGUAUUACAGCAACGAAGAAGAUGCCCCUGAGCGAACUCGCGAGUGGGCUGGCAGAGAGUUCAAGCUCGAAAGUUUGACGGUCCCGUUCCUUCCUGAUUUUGAUCCAACGGCGUCUUCUGAUGCAACUUUUGGGAUGAAGUCUGGAAUUGUUCCUGACAAAGUCAAGGAGGAGAAAGAAUACCAAUUUCGUCGACGGAAAUGUGGAUUGCGAAGCUGGUCUAUCGCAGAAUCGCCGCCCACAUUUGCAGAAGUCGAGGCGUGGGCAAAGGAACAAAUUGCGAACAAAUUAGGCGACGAGUUAAAAGUAAGGAACUCUUCAAGCGAGUCCUCUAACCUCCGUCAGAAGGGAAAGCUUUCCCAGAUUGAUGGGCCUACUCAAAAGAACAAGCAUGGCUUCAAAUACACGCAGCCCAAAAAGACGGCGAACAUAAUACACGAGGCAAAUUAUAUGAGUACAAUGAGUCUUGAAGUGCAUGUCAACACUAGGGGAAACUUCGUACCAAAUCCGGAAGAAGACGAAGUUCAAUGUGUAUUUUGGUGUUUGCAGGCGGACGACUCGGAGCUUGAGGACAAUUGUGAAACUGCAGGAUCCCAUCUCGGGAUUGUUGUACUUUCCGAGGAUGGGGUGGCUGCGGCACGUAUUGCAAAACAGAGCGGCCUUGAUGUUGUUUCUGAGGACUCUGAGCUGGAUCUAAUGAUCAGGAUGGUCGAGAUUGUGCGAAACUAUGAUCCCGAUAUCUUAACUGGCUACGAGGUCCACGGCGGCUCGUGGGGCUAUUUGAUUGAGAGAGCUCGUCUGAAGUAUGACUACAACCUCUGCGAUGAGUUUUCGCGAAUGAAAUCGCAAUCUCAUGGACGAUUUGGCAAGGACAAUGAUAAAUGGGGAUUCAACAAUACUUCCACGAUUCGAGUCACAGGCAGGCAUAUGAUUAACAUUUGGCGAGCGAUGCGAGCGGAACUUAAUUUGCUCCAAUAUACGAUGGAAAACGUCGCUUUUCAUCUGCUACACCGGCGAAUACCUCAUUUCACUUGGGCUGAUCUCACAAACUGGUAUACCAACGACAAGCCCCGAGAUUUUGCAAAGCUCAUCAGUCAUUACACUUCUCGAGUUCAACUUGAUUUAGGUCUCUUAGAGCAGAAUGAAUUGAUAGCCAGAACUAGCGAGCAAGCGCGCUUGCUCGGAGUGGACUUCUUCUCCGUCUUUUCUCGUGGAUCUCAAUACAAAGUAGAGUCGCUGAUGUUUCGAAUCGCGAAACCCGAGAAUUUCAUGUUAGUAUCGCCUAGUCGGAAGCAAGUAGGAGGUCAGAAUGCUCUUGAGUGCUUGCCUCUUGUGAUGGAACCACAAAGUGCUUUUUACAACAGCCCUUUACUGGUACUCGAUUUUCAGAGUCUGUACCCUAGUGUUAUGAUUGCAUAUAACUACUGCUACUCUACCUUUUUGGGUCGAGUGAUCAACUGGCGAGGAACAAACAAGAUGGGUUUUACGGAAUACAAGAGACAGCAGAGGCUACUUGAGCUACUCAAAGAUCAUGUGAACAUUUCACCCAACGGAAUGAUGUAUGUCAAGCCUGAGAUCCGCAAGUCUCUACUGGCUAAAAUGCUGGGCGAGAUUCUUGAGACUCGAGUCAUGGUUAAGAGUGGUAUGAAAAUUGAUAAGGACGACAAGGCACUUCAAAGGCUUCUAAACAACAGGCAACUUGCGCUCAAACUCAUCGCUAAUGUUACCUAUGGUUACACAUCAGCGUCUUUCUCUGGCCGAAUGCCAUGCUCUGAGAUUGCCGAUAGCAUUGUGCAGACUGGCCGCGAGACACUAGAGAGGGCAAUCGCAUUGAUCCACUCCGUCAAGCGCUGGGGAGCUGAAGUUGUGUAUGGCGAUACGGACAGCUUGUUUGUCUACCUUAAAGGACGUACCAAAGAUCAAGCAUUCGAUAUUGGCGAGGAAAUUGCCAAGACGAUUACGAAAAUGAAUCCUCGACCGGUCAAGCUUAAGUUCGAAAAGGUCUACUUGCCUUGCGUGCUUCUAGCAAAGAAGCGCUAUGUCGGCUUCAAGUACGAGUAUCGAGACCAGAAGGAGCCAGAUUUCGAUGCCAAAGGGAUCGAGACUGUCCGCAGAGACGGGACACCAGCGGAACAAAAGAUAGAAGAAAAGGCUCUGAAGAUUUUGUUUCGAACAGCUGAUCUCAGUGAAGUAAAAAACUACUUCCAAAAACAGUGCGAAAAAAUCAUGAAAGGUUCAGUAUCAAUUCAAGACUUUUGCUUUGCUAGAGAGGUCAAGUUGGGAACCUACAGCGAUAAAGGACCGCCACCACCUGGCGCCCUUAUCAGCACCAAACGAAUGCUAGAAGACGCUCGAGCUGAACCUCAAUAUGGCGAACGAGUCCCUUACGUCGUGAUCACUGGCGCUCCCGGUGCUCGGCUUAUCGAUCGUUGUGUAGCGCCUGAGGAGCUUUUAGAGAAUGAUCACAGCGAGCUUGAUUCAGAAUAUUACAUCUCGAAGAAUCUCAUCCCUCCUCUGGAACGUAUUUUCAAUGUCGUUGGUGCGAAUGUUAGGAAUUGGUAUGAUGAAAUGCCCAAGUAUCAGCGGGUUCGUCGCGUGGACGUCAAUCUUCAAAUGCAGGGCCAGUCGAAAGAGCUAGCAAUGAGCAAAAAGACUUUGGAGUCUUAUAUGAAAUCGUCAGCCUGUCUUGUUUGCAAGGAGAAACUCGAGUUCGAAGGCCCCAUCUGCCUGAAAUGUUUGGCUGACAAGCCAAGGUCCGUCCUGUCUUUGAGGACAAAACUUAGUAGCGAAGAAAAGAAGUACAUGGAUAUGAUCAGAAUAUGCCAGAGUUGUUCCGGAAUUUCGCCGUUGGAUGAAGUCAGAUGUGACAGUAAGGAUUGCCCUGUGUUCUAUUCGAGGACGAGACAGAAGGCAAGAUUGAAGACAGAGAAGAUGACUAUCGAGCCUGUUAUAAAAGAGCUGGAAGAUAGGAUAGUCGACAUGGGGGAUUUGGAAUGGUAG